AAAAUGUUUCGUUCCGUCUAAAAGAAAUAAAUGAAAUAAGGGACCAAAUUGAUAAAUUCUGUAAUUACCCAUCCUAAAACCCUAAGCCCCUCUCACUUGUAUAAAAACCAAAGCUUUAUACUUGCAUCUUCUCCGUCAUUUGCAAGCCCACUGUCCUCGCUCUAUAGGCUUCUCUACUCCUCUCAUCUUCUGCUAGCUUUGAAUCAUGUCGAGGAGAAAGGUUAGGGAGCCAAAGGAAGAGACUUCGAACCUUGGGCCUGCUGUACGAGAAGGAGAGCAUGUUUUUGGUGUUGCCCACAUUUUUGCAUCAUUUAAUGACACUUUCAUUCAUGUGACUGAUUUGUCUGGAAGAGAAACUAUGGUUCGUAUUACAGGUGGUAUGAAGGUGAAAGCUGACAGGGAUGAAUCUUCACCUUAUGCGGCUAUGCUUGCUGCACAAGAUGUUUCCCAGAGAUGCAAGGAACUUGGAAUUACUGCUCUUCACAUCAAACUACGUGCUACAGGAGGGAACAAAACCAAGACUCCUGGUCCAGGUGCUCAGUCUGCUCUGAGGGCUCUUGCUCGCUCUGGGAUGAAAAUUGGCCGUAUUGAGGAUGUGACUCCCAUUCCCACCGACAGCACCCGUAGAAAGGGUGGUAGAAGAGGGAGAAGGCUGUAAACUAGCACCGUCUAUUCUAGCAAUCUACCUUUCAGUUUUGGUGGUAGUACUUUUGGUAUUCGAUGUGAUACUUUUUUGUAGUUUUAACCAACUUGGUUGUCCUGGGAUUUAUUUGAGUAGAACAAAAUCAAUGGUUCUGAAUGUAUCUUCACUUAUUGUCAUGUCCCUGGUACUUUUUAGAUUGAAUCUUCCGUUAUAAGUAGAUAUCCUUUAUGAAAGGAGUACUAUCUUUGAUUAAAAAA